AUGUUCUACAGAAUGGCUACACAGCGAAUGCAAAUUUCCCGUAAAUAUUUCGGCGUGACGGCGGCCAUCAGCUUGACGGAACCGAAGCCGGAAGACCUGCAGCAUACGACCGAACUGGAGAAGGUUCUCAAGUCGUACGACGUGUUCGAAGAUCCGUCGGAGCUGGAACAUCGGAAAAAGAUACUGGCCAAAUUGGACACCCUCGUUAAGCAAUGGGUUCGAGAUGUGUCGAUCGCCAAGAAUAUUCCGGAAGCAGUGGCGGACACAUUGGGUGGAAAGAUCUACCCAAUCGGUUCGUAUCGUUUGGGGGUUCACGGUAAGAACGCGGACAUUGACGCACUCUGCGUUGCUCCACGUAAUAUAGAGUGGACCGACUAUUUCGGUCCUUUCUUCGAAUUAUUAAGACGGCAACCGGAAGUAACUGAGUGCCGUGCCGUGGAAGAGGCUUUCGUACCUGUGAUUAAAAUGAAAUUCGCCGGAAUCGAGAUCGACCUGCUCUUCACGAGACUGGCAUUUAAAGAAAUUCCUGAUCAUUUUGAUCUGUGUGACAAUAUGCUACUCCAAAAUUUGGACCCCAAAUCAGUGCGCAGCUUGAACGGGAUCCGAGUGGCGGAAGAGAUUCUACGCUUGGUUCCCAAUGUAGACAAUUUUCGUUUAGCACUGCGUGCCAUCAAACUGUGGGCUAAAAGUCGUGGAAUCUAUUCCAAUUCAUUGGGCUACUUCGGAGGUGUAUCGUGGGCUAUACUGGUGGCCAGAACCUGUCAACUGUAUCCUAAUGCGACCGCUGCCACUCUGGUACAUAGGUUUUUCCUAGUGUUCUCGAACUGGCAAUGGACCCAGCCUGUGCAGUUAAAAUAUCCGGAAAAUGUCAACCUUGGCUUCCAGGUGUGGGACCCGCGGGUCAACUAUCGCGAUGGGUUGCAUUUGAUGCCGAUCAUUACUCCCGCAUAUCCCGAGCAAAACUCCACUUUCAACGUCUCCAGCUCAACACGACAAGUGAUGAUCGACGAGUUUCAUCGGGGUAAGAAGAUAACCGACGAAAUCAUGAUCAGCAAAGCAGCUGGCUGGGACAAACUAUUCGCAGCGCCAAGUUUUUUCUUUAAUUAUCGCCAUUUCAUUGUGCUGUUGGCAUCGUCCGACAACGCAGCUGAUCACCUGGAAUGGUGCGGGCUGGUCGAGUCCAAGGUUCGUUUACUGGUCCAGAGCAUGGAGCGCAAUCCGCACAUUAAAUUGGCCCACGUUAAUCCUAAAUGUUUCAAACAUCACGGGGACACUUCGAAAGACGGAGAGCUAUGUUCUUUAUGGUUUAUUGGAUUGGCAUUCGACCGGACAAAAAAUCUGAACGUUGAUCUGACCGAGAGCAUUAUAAAGUUUACCCAUACAAUACACUCACAGGCGGGGCACCUCGGUAAGGAUGGUACGAACAUCGAAGCUCGUCACAUACGGCGGAACCAAUUGAGUCUGUAUUUGGAACCGAACCUGCUGGCGCAAGAAGUUUCAAACCUCAAGGCAUCGUCGCCGAAGAAUGGUGAAACUGGUGAAACGUCUAGGAAGCGCCCCCGGUCGGAUGACGGGCAAACGGCGACGGUAAACAAGAAGGCACGGAAGGAUUCCGAAACUCCACAGUCGGCAAUAGCAAGUCACUACCGAGUUCCAUCAUCAGGGUAA